AUGGUGGAGACGUCUAGAACGGUCCAGAAAUGUACUCCGAGCUUUGAUGCUGUGGUCCGCGCAGCUCGUCCGUGCCACAGCCGGCUCGCUCAAGAAGGCGGUGCCCGGGGUUAUCGUCUCACCCUUGAUAAGUCUUCCAAGCCCAACACACCAGCACGAGCUGGAAGGGGACUAAGGUUGACCGUGGUGGGACAGACUCACAGGUGGAGAAGCAGCCUGGGCUCUUACACACUCACCAGCAAGCAGCCGCUGAGGCUCGUCGCUUCUGCCCGGGGGCCGGGCGUGGGCCCGGGUCGCCUCCCGGAGGGCGCAGGCAGUCCUCGCCGCCGCCGUGGCCGUCGCCGGUGCGCGCAGAGGCGGAGGGGCGGCGACGGUUCACCGCAUACUCUGCUCGGGGGACUGUGCGCGGAGUCUCCCCGGGAGGGCAGCGGCCGCGGAACCGGGUGGCUCGCGCGCGGCGGCUCGCCGCGCGGCCUCAACCUGCCGAGGGCGGGGCGCGCGGGGCGGGGCGGGGCCCGGGAGCGGGGCGGGGCGGGGCUGGUGAGGCCAGGGCAAGGGCGGGGAGAAGGGUGCUCGGCCGCCCGCCCGGGGACCCUCCCUCCGCCGUACCUGUCCCCAGCCCCGCCAGACAGGCGGCUGCGCGGCCGCGGGCUCUUGGAGGACAAUGGGCGCCCACUGUCACCUUCCCAGUCCCCACUUCCCCCGGGAUGUGGCUUCUCUCAAAGUCAAAGCCUCCCGGGGGUGGGGUUCGGGGGUCUCUUGGGCACAAAGAAAAGUGGCUGGGGGUGCUCUCUUCAAAGAGGGGGUUCCCCCCCCCCCCGGAGCGUGGCUGCCCGCACGGUGCGGGAGGACAAUAGGACUCCGCCCGCACCCAGGACCCUGGUGCUCACCCUCGUGUCCCCGCCUCUCCCUGCCCUACCUAGCCCAUCUAGCAGUGCCGGGGUUCGCCGCAGAGGGAGGGGACCUGCGGUGAACAAGGGCCACCUGACCGCGUCGCCGCAGCUCGGCCACAGCUCCCCGGGGGACCCCCUAAGCUGCUGUAGCUCCCGGGAGGGAAGGGAAGGGGAGGGUCGCGUGCUGUCAACGUGCUGCUCGCUCCCCCCGCGCCGCAAGCUGUCGUCAAAACCCGGAGCGCGGAUCAUCGGGCGCGCGGGAGAGACGCGGGGCUGGAGGCUGGGACCCCGCGGGACAAGGAGAAACGCAGACGCAGCAGGUAACAACAGACGAGUAGGUAUGUGGCCUUGCCAGCACUUGGAGCUACCAGGCCUCUGACUUAACAGCUUCUGUCUGUUGAACGCCAGAAUUCGAAGCACCAUGACAGGAAGGAACUCCAAGGGACUCAAAGAUGAACACACUUCCUAUUCAUGGACAAUUUAAACUUGAAACAAUGAUAAAAACAAGCAUACAACCAACUAAUGCAAGACAGCAUGCAAUAAACAUCAGCUCCAUAUUUUACAAACAUCUAAAAGCAGCAUAUAUUCCUCCAUA